AUAGAUAAAAGGUUAGAUUUAGUUUGGGUAGAAAAAGGAGGUGAAAGUUUUAGAGUGUCGUGAUAUAGAAUGAUCCAAUUAUGAGGAAGAGAAGAGGAGAGAAUAAAAGCUAUUUAUUGUUGGAGCUUCUUCUCUUACUUUCUUCACCUUUUUCUCUCCACACUCUUCUUCUUCUUCUUCUUCGUCUUCCUCCUCUUCACCCAAAGCACACUCCUGUUUGAUUCAUUGCCUCCAUCAGCACCACCCAUCACCCCAUGGCCAGCUGCCUCGAUAUUGCAACUGAACAGCUCUGCUACAUCCCUUGCAAUUUUUGCAAUAUUGUUCUUGCGGUGAGUGUUCCAUGCAGUAGCUUGUUUGAUAUUGUGACAGUCCGAUGUGGGCACUGCACAAAUCUGUGGUCCGUGAAUAUGGCUGCUGCAUUUCAGGCUCUUUCCUGGCAAGAUGUUCAGGUUCCGAAUUACAACUUAUACAGUUGUAACGGACCUGAUUUUCAAGGUGAUUUUGGAUCGUCGUCGUCUUCAUCAUCAUCGAAAUGUAAUAACAACAAGAUGGAAAUCCGAGCGAACACAACAAUGGCAACAGAGGAGAGGGUUGUGAAUCGACCUCCCGAGAAGAAGCAGAGAGUACCAUCUGCAUAUAAUCAGUUCAUAAAAGAGGAAAUCCAAAGGAUUAAGGCUAAUAAUCCUGAGAUUAGCCAUAGAGAAGCUUUCAGUACUGCAGCCAAGAACUGGGCACAUUAUCCUCGUAUACCCUUUUGGUCGGAUGUUGGAAAUCAGCAAUCAAAUGAAGCUAGAUGAUGGUUUGGAGCGUUUGAUGUGAAGGGCAUGAAGGAGUGAUGAAUGAAGUUGCUGUUUUUUUUCUUUUUUCUUCUUAUUUUACUUCAUGAAAACAAACCCCAAUGACUUGAAUUUGUUGUUGAAUUCAAGUGACAACUAUAAUAUCUAUCCAUCUUUGGGUUGCUGUUGCAUUAUUUUCCACUAUUGCUAUCAAAAUUUGACUUGAAA